UUCUUUUUGUUCAUGGUAACUAGCUUCCUUGCGCUCAGAGCUAAAUCAUCAACAUGCGGCAGCAAUUGACCAACUAAGGCACAACCAUCAGCAGGAACUGGUAGCUGCUAAAAUGGAACUUGAAAGAAGCAUAGAACUUGGCAGACGACAGGAGAAAGAAUUUUUAUGCCGAAUAUCAGAUUUACAAGAUGAACUGAGACAUCGAGACCAUCAUAUAGCUGAACUGGACAAAGAGAUUCUGCAUCUUCAUGACAAUAUAAGUGCAUUGACCAAGGAACUAGAGUUUAAAGGGAAAGAAGUCCUUAGAAUACGCAGUGAAUCUAACCAACAGAUCAGGAUGCAUGAGCAAGAUUUAAGCAAGAAACAUGAGAAAGAGCUGGAUGUCUUGACAGCAGAUCACAUCAGAGAGAAACAAAGCAUGCUGGCAGAUUUUAAUAAGACCCAAGAGCUGCUCAAGGAAAUUAAUUCAGCUUUACAAGUUUCGUAAGUUUUGUUGCAUUAAAAAAGUUUGUAUGUAGCUGCGUUUGAGUCAACAUUAGUUCAUUUGAUGUCAAUAAGUUACUGAAGAUGUUGCAGAGGUACAGAGGUGCAAAAAACUCACUCGAAUAUGGGGCCUAAUGUUGCAUUUGUUGGCACAAUUCUUGCAAGCUUUAGGAUAGUUUAGCAAGACCAUUUUUAAUGAUUUGAGAAAAAAAAUUGAAGUAGGAAAACUAUUAGGUCUGUGCAGUUCUUAAAAUGUUGGGUAAAGUGUGAUUUCAAGUGUUUUGAGUUUCUUUCAAACAUUAAUGUAAGUUUUUUGAGAAUACGAAAGUUUCUUCGGCAAGCUUACAAAGUAGUACAGUAGUAAUUAGUUAAGUGUGAUUAUACAAAGUGAGUAACACAAACAUUUUCAGGUUUGCUAACAUAGGGAAAAUUAACUACUGAAAUUGAUUAUACAAGCUUAAUGUAAUACUAAAGAGUGCCUCUGAGACAAAAUGCCACUUGUGGUUGGAGCAAGUCUGAGGAGAAGUGGUGUAGUUAUAUGUCGUCUAGUCAGUCUUCCUGUCUUCCACGUACUUCAUUCUUCUUCCCUGUCUGUGAUGUAACCUGUUUGGUCUGUAACCUCAGAUUUCUGGCUAGGGCUCCAAAAGACAUUGAGAACUUUCCAAAAAAAAUGGUCAGUGAGAGAUUUUGGAUUUGCAGCACAACAUGUACGGUAGAGAAAGUAAUUGGUUCCAAGUAUAUGAUAGAAAACUUUUCUACGUAAAUAUCAACUAAUAAUGGCCAGUAAAGCAUAAGUUAAUCUAAUUCUGUCUUAACACUGUGAGCACUCGGAAACUGUAGGAAAUUCUGCUUCUUGUUCCUUUGUACACAUAUGGCACAGUUCUGUGAAUUGUGCAUAACUAUGUUACACUCUGGGCAUCUGUAUACAACAACUUAACCUAGCAUAAAAUGUAUGCCCAAAAAUUAAGCCAUCUGAGCAUAUUUUUGUUAUGCUGAGUCAAACACAUUUUCUGCAAAUAAAAAGGGUUUUUUUCACAUUCAUAAUGUAUUAUAUAAAUAGAUUACAUAAUCCCAUCAAAUUAUGUACAGGUUAUUUGAAGGUUAUAAAUAUAACCUAAGGUGCACUGUGCUUUCAGAAGCAACUCAAAGUCAGAAUUAUGAAGCUCUUUCUGAGGAGAAAUUAGCCACCUAAAUUGAAAAAUGGUCACUUCAGUGUCUUGUGGAAUUAAGUUUGAGCUGUCUGGACACCUUAAAUUCAUUGGUUUUUCUCAGGAAUAUUUUUUUCAUCUGAGUCUCUUCUGAAACUUGGUAUACUGAACUAUAUGAAAGCAGAAUAUGUGAGACUAGUAUUUUAGUGGUUUCCUUUUGAGCAAUGUUUAGUGUUAUGAACAUCGUUUGUUUCAGAAAUGCAUGCAGCUAUUUGAAAUCAUCAGGUGCCUUCAAAAUUUGUUCUUUAAGAAGAAACAAGGAGAUUUAUGCAGUUACUUGUGCAAUUCAUCUCAGUCUGCUUAUUUCACUUCUCUCCUUUAAUGCUUUCCCACUAAGCA